CUGCCCCCUAAUCGUGUUUACUUUAGAAAAAAAAAAGAAACUCAAUAAAAGGGCGGGAAAUCGACUCCACUCCAAGAGUGUGGUAGAAAUCAUGGAGGUGGAGGAGCCAUGGGAAGCGCUAGACACAGACGACACAGACCUCUCUUCUUCAACCUCGUUACUCCGUCAUUGCACCCACCAACCUCGCCUCUCUAACAUCACUUCUCAACCACCACAACAACAGCCAUCAACCAUCCAUCGCCUCAUUCCUGGCCCUGCUGCGGCCAUCCAAGCCGCUAUGCAUCGACACAACAACGCAAAUCAACCCUCAGAGAUUUCUACUCAGGAGUACAUUCGCAGAGUUGAGGAGGAUUCUGGGGAAGAAUUUUCCCGACGUCCCUGGGUUUUUGCCCUUGAAUUUCUUCACCGUCAUGGUAUGGCUGAUACGACUCCUGUAAGUGCAAUCAAGAAGUGUGUGAAUGCUCAAAGAAUCGACAAGGUUGUUGCAAUUGUGAAAUCUUGUGCACCAAAUGGUCUGGGUGAUGUGAUGAUUACUCUUAAGGAUCCAACUGGUACUAUUAGUGCUAGUAUUCAUAGGAAAGUUCUCAGUUUAGAAGAGUUUGGAAAAAUGCUUGCUGUUGGCUCAGUUUUGAUACUGAAGAAGGUUGUUGCAUUUUCCUCUUCAUGCAGAUCUUGCUAUCUUAAUAUUACGAGAAGCAAUAUUGCAAAGGUAAUUUCUGUAGACUGUGAAGUCCAAAAUUUUCCUGAAGCUAACCUAGACAGUACUCCAGUACCAAGCAUAAAAUCAGUAACACCAGAAAACACUUUUGCCCCUGUAUCUGGAAGAACUGAAAGAGUUGUUGGAGAUGUGCGUCGAAUCUCUAAUUCAAAAGGAAAAGAAAUAAUUCAAGAGCUUACGGGACAGGAAAACUAUACCCAGUCCAGCAGCAGCAAUAACGGCAGACAGAUCAAAAGUGUAGCUGAAAAUAACUCCAAGCAUACCGUUCAUAUUGAUCUAGUUGAUUCUGGCUAUAGUGCUUAUGGUCGCUACAACAAACAGCAAGAAUGCAACUCAGUUGGAACCAGACAACCAGGUCCUGGCUCAUUGGAAGGGAUAUUUAGGAACCUUCAGGACCUUGAUACUAAUGCCAAGCAUAGGAAGAUGAGAGAACAUAGCUCUGCCCCUGGCAAUAUUGAGAACCUGGGUGACCGAAACUGGCAGGCAAAUGCUGUUCAAGUUGAAAGGCUGCUGCGGGCAAAUAACUGUAGCAUGAGUGCAACUGAGAAAGUUGAGACUACUGUGCAUGCGCCAGCUGGCACAAGCUCAAGGAUGCCUAAGAAUGCUGAUGAUCUUCACAUAUGUAGUGCAGAUGAUUUCGACAAGCAACAACAGCUCAGGGGCAUUGGUUAUGCACCAGGCAUGGCUGAGAACCUGGCUAAGAGAGACGUGUUUGAAUUAAAUGGUGGUGUAAAGUUGACACAGCAGACAGAGACCAAAGACGAUGGUCAAGAUUCUAGAGGAGCAAAUGGAGUAAAGAAGCAAAGGUUGGCACUGAUAUCUAGAACUGCAAUUCAGGAAUGGACUGAUGAACAGCUCUGUGUACUUGACAUGGAUGAGGAUUGAAUACAUUGUACAUGCUGACUUAGGUACUUUUCAUAUGUUAUGUUAAUGAAGCUUUUGUUUUGGUUUAGAACUUGAACGAGUGUUUUCAUUUGUGAAAGUGUAAACAGUUUUGAUGUGAAUACACUGUACAGGCUUUCUGUAGUAACUUUUCAUCUUUUUUUU